UAGUUACUUCAUGAACAGCUGGUUCAUGCAUUGCAUCGUAAAUAGACGCUGUUCCUUUAUUUAUUUGUAAAUCUAUAAAUAUAUUCGACAAAGCUUGGCACAAACAUGUCCUCCGCCAUGUACUUGGAAAACUAUCUGGAUGGAUUGGAGAGUCUGCCCACCGAAUUGGAGCGAAACUUUAAGCUAAUGCGGAAACUGGACGAUCGGGCACAAACGGCCAUGAAGAGCAUUGACAGCCAUGCAAAAGACUUUAUGCGCAAGCUGGCCGAGAGCGGGCCGCUGUGCGAGGAGGAGCGCAAAGAGCGCCUGGAGGAUAUCAAGGCGCUGUUUGGCAAGGCCAAGGAAUACAGCGACGACAAAGUUCAGCUGGCCAUACAGACAUACGAGCUGGUGGACAAGCAGAUACGCCGUCUGGACAAUGAUUUGGCUCGCUUCGAGGGGGAGAUACAGGAGAAGGCCUCGUCCACGCGCGCCAAAUCCGAGGAAGCUGUGGCCAAAAAGGGUCGAAAAAAGGCAAAGGAUAGCAAGGUGACGGGUAAAAAGAAAAAGUCCGCCUCCUCGGAUGAGGAAACGGGUCGUGGCGGCGGCGGUGGUGGCAGCACCCAAACCAAUGCCAACGUCAGCCUCAACUCUAGCAGCAAUGCUGGUGGCCAAGGUACCAAAAAGAAAAAGUCAAAGGUAAAUCAAGAAAAAGAAACACGCAAGGGGGGCGCACAAAAGAAAGUCGUCGAGGCGGAUGACUCGGAGAAGGACUCCUGCCAUACGGCGGCCACACAUCCCAGCGAUGUUAUGGACAUGCCCGUGGAUCCCAAUGAACCAACGUACUGCCUAUGCCAUCAGGUCUCCUAUGGCGAAAUGAUUGGCUGCGAUAAUCCCGAUUGCCCCAUCGAAUGGUUCCACUUUGCCUGCGUCGGUCUUACAACGAAGCCCAAGGGCAAGUGGUUCUGCCCCAAGUGUACGCAGGAUCGAAAAAAGAAAUAGAACAAUUCGCCAAUAGUAGAAACAUAAUUUUAGUCGCUAGCUAGAUUAAGUACGUUUACAAUUUUAAAUAAAGGACUGUCUACCUGUCAGUGUGAAGCAUAAAUGUGUAUCGAUAAUGCA